AUGAGCCUGUACUCGCGGCAGGAGACGUACAGCAGACCGUCGGCUGACACGAGGAGUGUCAAGUUCAGCGAGCGAUACGUGAUGGGAAAGAGGAUAGGAGACGGAGCCUUCUCCACCGUCAAGGAAUGCAUCAGCAGGCAGGACGGCAAGAAGUACGCGGUGAAGAUCCUGGCGGAGAAGAACUCCCUCUACCACCACGAGGUCCGUAGCCCCCGCACGCGUGCUGCUGCGAACGCGUCACACCCCAACUGCGUGACUAUGGUCGACGUGUUCGAGGAGGAGCGAACGUACCUCGUCCUCGAGCUGUUGUCAGGUGGGUCUGUGCUGGACAGGAUCGUCGAGUCCGAAUUCUUCUCCGAGAAAGACGCGAUCUUGGUCACCGGCAGCAUCCUCAAGGCGUUGGAAUAUUUGCACUCACAGGGGAUUGUUCACAGAGAUAUCAAGCCAGAGAAUCUCCUCUACGUCUCCAACGAUCCUUCAUCACCUUUCUACCACACUGUCAAGGUCUCCGACUUCGGCUUCUCCAAGCACGAUUGCCAAGUCUUGAAGACCGCCUGCGGCACGCCGGAGUACAUGGCGCCGGAGGUGCUCGAGACGACGUCGUCGGGUUAUGACGAGAAGGUGGACAUGUGGUCACUGGGUAUCGUCGUGUACGUCAUGCUCAGCGGCUUCUUCCCUUUCCUCAGCAGCUCCCGUCCUGCUCUCUUCAAGAAGAUCGCAGCUGGAGAUUUCACCUUCCCCUCCCCCUACUGGGACUGCGUAUCGGACAAGGCCAAGGACUUCAUCAGCCAGGCUCUCAGGGUCAAGUCUGAGGAGAGGAUCUCAGCAUCGGCUGCCCUGCAGCAUCAGUGGAUGACUGAGGGAGUCAGCCAGUGCGAGACAAAACUGCACGGGUAA